UGUUUUGUAGUUUGCUUUAUACCGGCUCGUUGUCAUUAUCGUUCGCUUGGGGUUAACGACUGGGUAAACGGUUAUCUAUUUUUAUAAAAAUUAAAAGAUUAAUAAAAACUAUAAAAUAAAUCAUGUCUUUCCUUGGACGUGCUCUUCUUCGCAACGUAUCGUUGCUGAACAAAAACAUUGCUGGUCAACACAAGCAGGCAGCACGUCUGCUGCAUAAUACUGCUCCCCUGUGCACGGUGCGUGUGCAACAGCCGGCGCCAGAUUUCAAAGGUUUGGCGGUUGUCGGCAACGACUUUCAGGAGAUCAAACUUGAAGACUACAGAGGCAAAUAUCUAGUGCUAUUUUUCUACCCUUUGGACUUCACAUUUGUGUGUCCCACAGAAAUUGUUGCAUUUAGUGAACGCAUUAAGGAGUUCCAGGAUAUCAACACCGAGGUUGUGGGCGUCUCUGUUGAUUCACAUUUCAGCCACUUGACCUGGUGCAAUGUGGAUCGCAAGAAUGGUGGAGUUGGCAAACUAAAAUAUCCUCUACUCUCCGACUUGACCAAGAAGAUAUCCGCUGAUUAUGAUGUUUUACUCGAAAAGGAGGGUAUCUCUCUACGCGGCACAUUCAUCAUUGAUCCCAAGGGUAUCUUGCGUCAAUACUCAAUCAAUGAUUUGCCCGUGGGCCGUUCCGUUGAUGAGGUACUGCGUUUGAUUAAGGCCUUCCAGUUUGUCGAGGAGCACGGUGAGGUGUGCCCAGCCAAUUGGAAUCCGAAAACAAACCCAGCCACUAUUAAGCCCGACGUGGACGAGUCCAAGCAGUACUUCAGCAAGCACGGCUGAGAUUCUACACACAACCCACAUUCUACAUUGAUUACAGUAAAGACACAAAUAAUAAAAGAUUAAAUCAGAUAUUUUGUCAAUCCUUUAAUGAAGCAUAAAAUACAAAGUACAUUAUUAGUUA